CAACUGCUCUGCCAGGUACUUGGAGAAGAACAGACGUGCACUUAGAGAACCCAGAAUAUCACACCAGAUGGUAUUUCAAGUAUUUUUUAGGACAAGUCCAUCAGAAUUACAUUGGGAACGAUGCAGAGAAGAGCCCCUUCUUCUUGUCCGUGACCCUUUCUGAUCAAAAUAAUCAGCGUGUCCCUCAAUACCGUGCAAUUCUUUGGAGGAAAACAGGUACUCAGAAAAUAUGCCUUCCCUACAGUCCCACAAAAACGCUUUCUGUGAAGUCCAUCUUAAGUGCCAUGAAUCUGGAAAAAUUUGAGAAAGGUCCCAGGGAGAUUUUUCAUCCUGAAAUACAAAAGGACUUGCUGGUUCUUGAAGAACAAGAGGGCUCUGUGAAUUUCAAGUUUGGGGUUCUUUUUGCCAAAGACGGGCAGCUCACUGAUGAUGAGAUGUUCAGCAAUGAAAUUGGAAGUGAAGCUUUUCAAAAAUUUUUAAAUCUCCUGGGUGACAUAAUCACUCUAAAGGGCUGGACAGGCUACCGUGGCGGUCUGGACACCAAAAAUGACACCACAGGGAUACAUUCAGUUUAUACUAUAUACCAAGGGCACGAGAUCAUGUUUCAUGUUUCCACCAUGUUGCCAUAUUCCAAAGAGAACAAGCAGCAGGUGGAAAGGAAGCGCCACAUUGGAAACGAUAUUGUCACCAUCGUGUUCCAGGAAGGAGAGGAAUCUUCUCCUGCCUUUAAGCCUUCCAUGAUCCGUUCCCAUUUUACACAUAUUUUUGCCUUAGUGAGGUACGACCAACAAAAUGACAAUUACAGGCUGAAAAUAUUUUCAGAAGAAAGCGUACCACUCUUUGGCCCACCCUUGCCAUCCCCACCGGUGUUUACAGACCACCAGGAAUUCAGGGACUUUUUGCUAGUGAAAUUAAUUAAUGGUGAAAAAGCCACUUUGGAAACCCCAACAUUUGCCCAGAAACGUCGGCGUACGCUGGAUAUGUUGAUUCGAUCUUUAUACCAGGAUUUGAUGCCGGAUUUGCAUAAGAACAUGCUUAAUAGACGAUCUUUUAGUGAUGUCUUACCGGAGUCACCCAAGUCAGCACGGAAGAAAGAGGAGGCCCGCCAGGCAGAGUUUGUUAGAAUAGGGCAGGCACUAAAACUGAAAUCCAUUGUGAGAGGUGAUGCUCCAUCAAGCUUGGCAGCUUCAGGGAUCUGUAAAAAAGAGCCUUGGGAGCCCCAGUGUUUCUGCAGUAAUUUCCCUCACGAAGCCGUGUGUGCAGAUCCCUGGGGCCAGGCCUUGCUGGUUUCCACUGAUGCUGGCGUCUUGCUAGUGGAUGAUGACCUUCCGUCAGUGCCCGUGUUUGACAGAACACUGCCAGUGAAGCAGAUGCAUGUGCUCGAGACUCUGGACCUUCUGGUUCUCAGAGCAGACAAAGGAAAAGAUGCCCGCCUCUUUGUCUUCAGGUUGAGUGCUCUGCAAAAGGGCCUGGAGGGGAAACAGGCUGGGAAAGGCAGAUCUGACUGCAGGGAAAACAAGCUGGAGAAAACAAAAGGCUGCCACCUGUAUGCGAUUAACACUCACCACAGCAGAGAACUGAGGAUUGUGGUUGCAAUUCGGAAUAAACUGCUUCUGAUCACAAGGAAACACAACAAGCCAAGUGGAGGAACCAGCAUCUCAUUGUUGUCUCCUGUGUCAGAGUCACCUGUUGAAGAAUUCCAGUACAUCAGGGAGAUCUGUCUGUCCGACUCUCCUGCGGUGAUGACCUUAGUGGAUGGGCCAACUGAAGAGAGUGACAACCUCAUCUGUGUGGCUUAUCGACACCAAUUCGACAUGGUGAAUGAGAGCACGGGAGAGGCCUUCAGGCUGCACCACGUGGAGGCCAACAGGGUUAAUUUUGUUGCAGCUAUUGAUGUGUACGAAGAUGGAGAAGCUGGUCUGCUACUGUGUUACAACUACAGUUGCAUCUAUAAAAAGGUUUGCCCAUUUAAUGGUGGCUCUUUUUUGGUUCAACCCUCUGCGUCAGAUUUCCAGUUCUGUUGGAACCAGGCUCCUUAUGCAAUUGUCUGUGCUUUCCCGUACCUCCUGGCCUUCACCACCGACUCCAUGGAGAUCCGCCUGGUGGUGAACGGGAACCUGGUCCACACCGCAGUCGUGCCGCAGCUGCAGCUCGUGGCCUCCAGGUCGGAUAUAUACUUCACGGCAGCCGCGACUGUGCACGAGAACUCAUCUGGAGGCAGCUCCAAGGGGACAAGCGCUCAUAAUUCUCCUCAGACACCCCCAGGCCGAGAUACUCCAGUAUUUCCUUCUUCCCUGGGGGAAGGUGAAAUUCAGUCCAAAAAUUUGUACAAGAUUCCACUUAGAAAUCUCGUCGGCAGAAGCAUCGAGCGACCCCUGAAGUCGCCCUUAGUCUCCAAGGUCAUCACCCCACCCACAGCCAUUGGAGUGGGCCUCGCCGCCAUUCCCGUCACGCAUUCCUUGUCCCUGUCUCGCAUGGAGAUCAAAGAGAUAGCAAGCAGGACACGCAGGGAACUGCUGGGCCUCUUGGAUGAAGGUGGACCCAGGUCAGAAGGAACGCCAAAAGCCAAACCAAAAACCCGGAAGCGGUUAGAAGAAAAUCAAGGAGGCCCCAAGCCAGGGGCAGUGAGGUCAACUAGUAGUGACAGGAUCCCAUCAGGCUCCUUGGAAAGUCCGUCUACUUCUGAAGCCAAUCCCGAGGGGCGUGACCAUUCGACCAGCUCUGACCAGGACCCUGCGGCAGACAGAGAGGGCAGCCCGGUCCCGGGCAGCAGCCCCAUCCCGGGCAGCAGCCCCUUUCAGCUCCCAGCAUCCUCAGAUGAAGACAUUAUCGACUUGAAGUAACAGAGUCCAAAUCUCAUUUGCCAUUUUUCAUUUUCUUAUAAACGUUUAUACUCUUUAAACAGUUCCCACGUCACUUCUCAA